AUGAAUCAGCUGGAGCGGACACGAAAAUUGAUGAUGAAGGGAACAAAAAGCGAAGACGCCGUCGACCCGCGGCACAUCAAGCUCGUCCAGGCGCUCGAUGCCCAACAAUAUCAGGCCACGCUCGUCCCCAUCAACUCGACGUGCCAGAACCCCUUCGUGUUCGCCUUCCCGAAGAGCGUGUUCCGCGACGGCGCCGAGGCGAGCAGCAGCUCCAAAUCCCUA